GCUUCUUAUAUUCCUCUCGAUCGCCGGCAAUAUCCUUGUUUGCGUGGCCAUUUACACAGACAGGGGUCUCCGAAGGAUCGGUAACUUGUUCCUUGCAUCCUUGGCGAUCGCCGAUCUUUUCGUCGCCGCUCUCGUAAUGACUUUCGCAGGCGUAAACGACCUGUUAGGUUACUGGGAAGAAAAUUUCGAGCAAGACCCUGUUACUGUGCUCUCAAUUCUCUUAGUGGGUAUUUUCCUCUCGCUUCUUAUAUUCCUCUCGAUCGCCGGCAAUAUCCUUGUUUGCGUGGCCAUUUACACAGACAGGGGUCUCCGAAGGAUCGGUAACUUGUUCCUUGCAUCCUUGGCGAUCGCCGAUCUUUUCGUCGCCGCUCUCGUAAUGACUUUUGCAGGCGUAAACGACCUGUUAGGUUACUGGAUCUUCGGCGUACAAUUUUGCGACACGUGGAUCGCAUUCGACGUCAUGUGUUCGACAGCCAGCAUUUUAAAUCUCUGUGCCAUUUCGUUGGAUCGUUACAUUCACAUCAAAGAUCCUUUAAGAUACACUCGAUGGGUAACUAGGAAAGUAGCAACUGGGACAAUAGCGGCUGUAUGGCUUCUGGCUGCUUUAAUAUCGUUCGUUCCGAUUUCACUGGGAUUGCAUCGGCCUCCCCAACCUCUCACCAUAAAUUCUGGGGGACAAGACUACCCCACUUGUGCACUCGAUCUCACUCCAACCUACGCCGUCGUCUCGAGCUGCAUUUCCUUCUACGUUCCUUGCAUUGUUAUGUUGGGCAUUUACUGCAGACUGUACUGCUACGCCCAGAAGCAUGUGAAAAGUAUCAGAGCAGUAACAAGGCCCAUAGACCUGCCGGACAGUUCAAAGUCGUCAAAAGGGACGAAAAGCAAAAACAAAGCGCUACACAUUCACCUCCACAACCAUCACAGUUCUCCGUACCAGGUUAGUGAUCAUAAAGCAGCAAUUACCGUCGGUAUCAUCAUGGGCGUCUUUCUUAUCUGCUGGGUGCCGUUCUUUUGCAUAAACAUAGUCGCAGCGUUUUGCAAGACGUGCAUCCCAGACAUCACGUUCAAGAUUCUUACGUGGUUGGGCUACUCGAAUUCGGUGUUCAAUCCAAUCAUUUAUUCCAUUUUUAAUACCGAAUUCCGAGAGGCGUUCAAACGAAUCCUGACAACCCAUUAUCCCAUUUGGUGCACUUGCGGCUACCAAAGCGUCAAUCACAAAAGCAAAGAGAAAUUCGUUACCGAUUACCAAACGAAAGCGGUAAUUGUUAAUGCAAAAAGGAACGGUUCGUUCCACGAGUGUUCUAGCGAACGGUUUAGCACUGAAUCCGUCAGACAAAGUCGUCUGAAUUCCGCUGAAAAGAACGGCCUCCACGACGACGUCAGCGUUAUUUGACACGAAUGCGACAAAUUGUGCGACACAAUGGUAUAAAAUAUGUCGCAAAGAUAGCUACCAGAAUGUGAUACUUAAUGCUUACCUGUGCUUUGCACCGGAAAUGUAGAGAAUUCAGGUAACUACUUCCUUAGAACGAAUUACUGACGACGAGCGUAAUUAUCGUCAGUGAUUUGUUUUAAGAAAAGUACCUAAUCACAGGUGAAACAAAGAACAAACAAAGCAAAUAAGUUAGUCUGUUAUUGUUAACAACCUACUUGUUAAUCAGGGUCAGUUUAUCACGUUUACAUUUAUAAAAGUCGUUGAAAGUACC